UUUAGCAAGCAAUACACAGUUUACAACAGGGGAAAACUACACAAGAAACAUAAAAUGUCAGGUCACAUUUUAUAUUUUAUUUGUGCUUUCUGAGAGACAAUUCUGACUUUCUCUUUGUUUCUAUAUGUCAUACUUGUUAGUGAACAUGGACAUUAAAUGGUAGGUUUUGGGAGUAUUGUGUUUGUGUUAGUAGUGAUAUGGAAAUUGGAGUCUUACCAUUUAACAUGAAGCCUAUUCAGUUCUCAGCGUUAUCUUCACUAAUCAGUUCUCGUAUAGCAUGGUAAGUGACUUAUGGUGCACAUACCUGUAAUCACAGAGAGCACCCAGUCAUUACAUUCUUUGAGCUCCUACAGCUGAAUAGGACUGUGGUGGUCAAAUCACACUCAACACUGUCUCUUCCAAUGAAGCAUAAUAACUGAUUUAUAUUUUAAAUAUUGGCCUUAUAUUAUUUGUUCCACCUUUUGUAGGAGCUGCUGUUAUCUCCAGACAUUUGCUUAAGGGUAACGUAACACUUUCUCACACUAAGAUACAGUAGGUGUAUUGAAGAUGUCCCUGGAGACAAUUGUAUGAGAAGGAAGGAUUGGAAGGAUAAUGUUCUGGUGGCUGCUAUCAGACUUGAUAUAGAUAUUAGUCAAAACCAGUAUAUAUUGUAUAGCAUAAAUCGUAUAUCCACAGUAGACACCUGAUUGUUUUUGGACUGAAAAACUACAUUAAACAAUCUCAUUCACAAUUACAACGGUUACCACAAUAUCGCAUUCAUUUUAAGAUUCUCUGCAACGUUUCCAUGCUUCGAAAGUUGUUUAUUUCUAUCUCAUUUUCCAACACGUGGUGAACAGUAGAAAUAUGCUGGUCUUUUGUCUUUAAAUACUCCUCAUGUUGCUGCCGAAGCUUUUGAGUAGACCGGUCUCGUUCUGUGUAAUUUAACUCCUAAAACAAGACAGCUACUUUUGUGUUUAUAACUAGACAGAGAACGCAAAUUUUCCCUUUUAUUUUCAGGCUUUUCAUAUGUUUCUGAGUUAUACCUACAACAAACUUCUAGGAAAAAUGCAUUAUUAUAUUGUUGUAUGGGUCAAGGAUUAAGAGCAAGCGCUACAUAAAACAUCUGAAUGCUCUUUGUGACUCGCAGAGCUAGACACCCCACGUGUUUUAAACCUCUUUCUAUCCUGAGAAUUUUGCUGAGAAUAGAAAAAACUUUCCGACAUAAUGUAACUAGCUGUGAACACAAACAAAUACACGAGACGUCAAAUGUUAUUGAUUUGUGUUUUCGCUCUUCAUCGAAUCCCUCCCAGCACCAAAUAGUCCUCUCAAAGCAAAAUAAUCUGGAUUAUCCUCCCCGCAGAGACAGCAGUGACGCAUGAGUCCAAAAACUCGAAGAAAGUUCCCGAGUCCAGGAAAACAACUCGCUCCCGGAUUUGCUUUCUCUCGGAAUGAGUUUACCUGCUGUUGUAAAAACUGAGUUUGUGCUGGGAAAUGAAACAAUAUCACUUUGUUCGUGUAAAGGUUGGAGCGCUGGCCGUUCUCUUUCCAUUGCUUUUUAUGAAGAGCUGCAAAUCUGCUGCUGAUGAAGAUGUGGUUUUGGAUCAAAACCAACUUUCCGAACACAACAUCAAAGGUAUUUUUAUACUUCAAAGUGUUCAGUUUAAAAGUUGCAUCAAAUCGGAUAAAGCAAAGCUUAUUUUGGAGAACUGUGAAAAUCCAUCCAAAUACAUGCUGUGGAAGUGGGUUUCCCGGCAUAGACUCUUUAACGUUGGCAGCAGCAUGUGCCUUGGACUCAACACUACCAAUGCACACCAGCCUCUGAACAUGUACGAAUGUGAUUCCACGCUGACGACGUUGUGGUGGCGCUGCAGUGGAAACACGCUCUUUGGAGCUGCUCACUUCAAACUGACUACAAAUGGGAGACUCGUUAUAGCUAAGAGAACUGGAUACCAUCAGUGGAAGAGAUACUUAACAUUAGAUGAAGGACCAUGUUCUCGUCCUUAUGAAGAGAUUCAUACAGUUCAGGGCAAUGCUCAUGGCAUGCCAUGUGUUUUUCCUUUUAAAUAUAACAACAAGUGGUACUCGGAGUGCACGGCUGAAGGCAGAGAAGAUAACUACCGCUGGUGUGCCACAACUAGUCAGUAUGAUCAAGAUGAAAAAUGGGGAUUUUGUCCAAGUCCAGAGACAGGGUGUGAUGUUUUUUGGGAGAAAAACCAAGAUACAAAAGCCUGCUACCAGUUUAAUCUUUACUCCAUUCUGUCAUGGAACCAGGCACAUGCUUCAUGUCAAGCUCAAGGUGGAAAUUUAUUAAGUAUAACUGACCUUACAGAACAAAGAUACAUCAGAGAGAGACUGAAUGAUGUGGGAGUCCUGGUAUGGAUAGGGUUAAACCACCUGGAUGAGACCGCUGGUUGGCAGUGGUCAGAUGGAGCACCUCUGGCUCUGGUGAACUUCACCACAGACAUUUCUAUGAUGUCACGUGUGAACAAUGCAUACUGUGGGGUGUAUAACUCUGUGUGGGGACACAAGUGGCACAGUCUGCACUGCAGAUCUGCACUGCCAUACAUCUGUAAGAAGAACCCCAAUUACUCAAGGACAGCAGAGCUUUUUGAUGUAUGGCAGUACUACCCUACAGAGUGUGCUCCAGGUUGGAUUCCCCACAACAGGUUCUGUUACAAACGUCAGGCUGAAGAACAAAGCUGGGAAGAUUCUUUAGCCUCAUGCCAUUCACUUGGUGCCAACCUUAUAAGCAUACACUCUCUGGCAGAUGUGGAGCUAUCCCUAAACCUUUUUAAAAACAUUUCAGAGGCUGAAUCAGAUGUGUGGAUCGGUUUAAAUAACAGGACCUCAUAUACCUUUCAAUGGUCCAAUGGUUCACCUGUAACUUUUACUAAUUGGUAUAAAUAUGAACCCAAUAUCAGUGAUGAUCCUGGAAAGCUUUGUGUUAAAGCUAAGAAAGCUGUAGGAAACUGGCAAUUGGCAUCUUGUGCUGAAAAACUACCUUCAGUCUGUAAAAAAACAGGAAAUGUAAUACAACAGAAGCCUGGCAUUUUGGAUGAAGACUGCCCUGAGGGUUGGAAGCGAAGAGGUAGUUUUUGCUACAACAUUACAAGGCAUUUACAGACUUAUGAAGAUGCUUCCCAGGGUUAUUACUGUAAUGCUCCACUUGUGAUUGUGGAAAACAGGUAUGAGCAAGCAUUCCUAAAGAGCUUGUUAUACAAUGUGAGUAAAGAUGAGGACCAUUACUUCUGGAUAGCUCUUCAGGACAGGAACCGGACUGGAGAAUACAGCUGGCUUUCCCAACAUGGAUUUUCCCAGCCUCUCCUCUUUACAAAUUGGAACAAAUACCAACCAGUCAGUUCUGGUGGCUGUGUAGCAAUGUCUGCAGGAACGUCUUUGGGUCGCUGGGAGGUAAAAGACUGUGAAACAUUUAAGGCAAUGUCAAUAUGUAAGAAGCCUAUAAGUACUUAUAAUGUCACCCAGUCCUCCACUAUUAACAUCGACCAACGUGCCCCAUGUCCACCUGGAUGGACAUCGAAACCUGAGCUUCUUCACUGUUACAAGGUUUACCACAGUGAGAAGAUUUUAAUGAAACGAACAUGGGAGGAAGCAGAUGCAUUUUGUCAGGAUCUAGGAGCUAAUCUUGCCAGCUUCAACCAUUAUGAAGAGGAAAUCUUUUUGAAUGAGAUAUUACAGAACAUGUUUGACGGAAAUGAUGAAGAUCGAUGGUUCUGGGUUGGAUUUAACAAAAGAAACCCCCGUUCUGAUGGUGCCUGGGAAUGGUCUGAUGGUACACCAGUGGUUUCUUCAUUUAUAGAUGACAAAAACAAUGAAGAUGAUAAACAGAAUUGUGCCGUUUAUAGAACUAAUAUGGUGAUGCCUCAAAGAUGUGAUGCAAAACAUGAGUGGAUAUGUAAAAUGCCUAAAGGUGUAGAAUUAAAGAGACCUUACUGGUACACUGAACAGAAUGAACCAUGGGUUUUCUAUAAGGGAUCGGAGUACUACUUUGAUACUCAGUCCUUUCCUUGGGAAACGGUGUCCUUUGCUUGCACAAUGAUGGGAGCUGAACUAGUCUCAAUUCAAUCUUCAGAAGAAAUUAACUUCAUUAAAACCAGAAUUGAAAAGUUGUCAAAAAAUGAUACAAAGUGGUGGAUUGGCUUGUUUCCAGAUUUGAUCCAAUCAGAAUUUAGAUGGAGGGAUGGAUCACCCUUAUAUUAUGAGAAUUGGGAAGACAGGAAUUCAAGACGAUCACCUCUAAAGAAUGACCAAUGUGUCUACAUGGCAUCACACUCAGGGCGGUGGUCAGAGGGAAAGUGCAGUGACCACCACAGUUACAUCUGUAAGCGCAGAACUGUAUCAGUUGUAGAAAUUCCCAGAGAACCCCAUCACAUAGGAGCCUGUCCAGAAAAAUGGCUUUACUUUGGCCACAAUUGUAUUUUGAUUAAUUUACCAAGCCAGUCUGGUGAAGGAAAGAACUGGAGUGAUGCUCAGGCUGCCUGUAAAUCUCUUGAAGGAUCUCUCAUUUCAAUUGACAAUGAAAUAGAGCAAGCUUAUGUAACAAUGCUGCUUAUUGGAGGCACAACAAGUGUCUGGAUUGGUCUGCAGGAUGAUGGCACAAAUAAAUGGGUUAAUGGAAAACCUGUAACUUACACUAACUGGUCACCCAUUGAACCAGAGAGCUUUGACCCUAAUGAAGAUGAUUUAAAAGGUAGUGAUACUCCACUUUGCACAUUGAUGUCCAACAAUCACAACUAUCAUCUGUCUGGAAAAUGGUACAACCAGCCAUGUCUUGAACAUGAGUAUGGAUUUGUAUGUCAGAAGCCGCAGGACCCAUCUAAACCUCCAUCACAGUCAUAUUUUCAUCCCCUUCCUGAAACAAUUGAAUACAAGAACCGCAGCUACAGGGUUAUUCAUGGCAACAUGACCUGGUAUGAAGCCCUGAAUAAAUGCUUAGAAAAAGAAUCUGAGCUAGUGAGCAUUACUGAUGAGUUUCACCAGGCUUUCCUUACAGUCAUUGUGAAUAAAUUGGCACACCCACACUGGAUUGGACUAUAUAGUCAAGACCAAAAUGGAAUUAGUUAUCAGUGGUCAGAUGGCAGUGCUUCUUUUUUUACUCACUGGGACGAUAAUGAUAAUGACGAACAUUUACUUGGUGACUGUGUGUAUAUGGACAUUAAUGGCAAGUGGAAAAGGGCUGACUGUGAAACUCCUCUUCGGGGUGCUGUGUGCCAUGAGCUCCUGAAAAGUGAACCCAUUUCUUUUAAAACGGAGUGCCCAAAGACGUGGGUGAAGUUUCAAAGCAGCUGCUACAGUUUUGAACCGGUUAUGAUGAAACUGAGCUUAGAAGAUGGCCAAACACAUUGCAGACAAAAAGCAAAUGGUUCUGACAUACUGACCAUUAAAAACGAAGAGGAGAACAGAUUCGUUCUUGAGGAAUUAAAGACGUUUGAAUUACCACAUCAGACAGUUUGGCUUGGAAUUACAUAUGACACUGACAAUGAUGCCUUAGAAUGGUUCAAUGGCUCUCCAAUCAAGUAUUCAAACUGGCCCUUUGGAAAAGGCCCAGAAGCAGACAUUCUUACCGUUGAUAGCUGUGUUUCUGUGCGGCUCUCUGAUGGCAUCUGGCAGUUAUCCCACUGUAACGAGAAACUAGGAUUUAUUUGUAAAAUACAUGGAGAUGUAAGCAAUGAAAUAGAAAUUGAGCCACUAAAAGGUGUGCAUCAAGGAAUGAUUCCAGUUGCUGUCCUAGUGGCAAUACUGAUUUUUGUGGUGCUUGUAGGAUCACUUUGGUGUGUAUAUAAAAGAAAUGUGGUACGGUUCAGAAGGCUUUCUUCAUUUGGAAAUGCAUACUACCAUCAAGCAGGUUCAGAAGCUACAGAUUCAGAUGGAAGUAUUCUUAUUACAGACUUUGACUCAAACACUGGACAGUAGGAUUUCCUUUAAAGACCUUCAAAUUGAGGUUAUAAUCGGUUGCAGAAAACUGUGGCAGUGACAAAAAGGAUGAAUCUGCUUGAAACAUUUGACAUAGGAUAAGUACCGAUCCUAAAGCAAUAUGAAAAACAAAAACUUGUUACUGUUAAAGUUUAGGCAUAGAUGUAACUAGCAAAUAAGGUAAGAAAAUAAAGCUGCACCUGUAAAUUUAAGACUACUAUUGUUAUAUUUCAUCCAGUUGCCUAAGGCAGAUUAAUUCAAUAUGCAAGAUUUCUUUUGGAGGAAGACAAAAGGCAGCAUUUUCUUGCUUUUCUGUUUAAUUUUCUUCUUUGUUUAAAGUCCAAAUAAUGUUCAUUACUUCAAUAGUCUAAAGUAAUGACUUACAAGCAAUAUAAUGGCAGUAUAUUGAAGAUGAAGUAUAUAUAGGAAUGGGCUAUGCUUCUUUUGGAACAAAAAAUGGGAAUACAUGUAUAUAUUUUUUAAUGUUUUUAUAAAAUAUAAUAAGAAUGAAGGCAGAUACAAUUAAAUAUUUGUUCUGGGCUAGGACACUAGGGUAGGUAACUAUAAAAAGGAAAGAAAUAUUGCCAAAUUAUGUUUAUUUGUGAAAUUUGUUACGUGCCAUAAAGUUGGAACAGCUGGUUCACAAUAUCAACCAAUGUACAACAUGGAAACUGCAUUUGUGACUGGCGGGGAGCACUGCUUAUCCCUUGUUACUUUCACAAUCAACUUAUGGAGCUAUUAGUGCCAGUUUGAUCUCUGGGCUGUUACAUAUUUUACUAUGGUAUUAUCUACAGCAGUAUUGUAUUUCAAGCAAGCCUUAAAAGAACAGGGAAAUUAAUUUAAUCAUUACUGUUUUUGUAAGUGUGCAUUAAAUACAAAAGGAUAUUUUAUUAUCGUGAAGCCUGAAAUCAAACAUUAUAAAUAAUAAUCUUUUAGUAGGUACUUAAUCUGCACUUUUUUGUGAGUUUAUUUUAUUUUUUCAUUUGUGUAUUUAAAAUGGCAUACAACAGAAUAUUUAAGUAUAUUAGAAAAAGUAUGUUUGCCAAUGUUUGGUCAUUGUGUUGUGUUUUGUUGUAAUAUGGACAAUAAGCCUUAGCUAAGUCAUAAUGGUGUUGGUACAUUAGAAAUAUAUUGGUACAGAAAAUGUAUAUACUCCACACCAACCAUGAGCGGUUCGGUAAUAAAAUAAAAAUGCCUCACUGUAAAGUACAUGAAGUCACACACUGCAGUGCUUCCCCCCAUCUAAACUGUUGAAUAAAAUUGUUAAAAUGAG